GGCGGUUUAUUAAGUCGCUAAAUGCCCAUAAUUCUAUUAAAGCUUAAUACAUAACGCCGGCAAAUUUAGUAAUAAGAGCGCGAGAGAGCAGUGAAGCAGCAGCUAAAUGAUAGUUAAACGGCAGGUUCUUCCGGAUGUGGAGAGAGAUGGGGGGCGCGUUGGGUUCGGCUCUCUUCGUAUCUUUACGGCCUCAUUAACAUGCUCCCCCCCCCCUUGGUGCCGAAAUGAGCCGCUGUGAGUCGCGGAUGUAAGUGCGGAGCCCCUGAGUGCGAAGCCGAGGCGCCGAUUCAGAGACACCAGCAGCCGCGCCGGCAGCAGCAGCAACAGCACCGCCGAGGAGGAAGGAGAGAAUCUGUGAACCAGCAUCACCAUCCUCUUCGUCACUGGAACUGGAGCUCGAUACCCACAUACAACACAUCACCCAGACCGGCUGCAGACUGAAUAGCCUAAAUUCAUUAUGAAUAGGAUCUAAGGUUGACUUUGGUUGAAGCAAGGAGGGAUUUUUUUUUGACGGUGGAUGUGGUCGCACCUUGUGGAAAUGCUACAAAAUAUGAAUUUAUCCGUCUUCAUCCUUUCUUUUUUAUGGGGACUAUCGGUCGGCGGUUCUCCUAGCGUACAAAUCGGCGGACUUUUUCCAAGGGGUGCAGACCAGGAAUACAGCGCCUUUCGCGUCGGAAUGGUUCAGUUCGGCACGCCCGAAUUCAGACUGACGCCCCACAUUGACAAUCUCGAAGUAGCAAACAGUUUUGCGGUCACCAAUUGCUUCUGUUCGCAGUUCUCUAGAGGAGUCUACGCUAUUUUUGGAUUUUACGAUAAGAAGUCUGUGAACACGAUAACAUCCUUCUGCAAAACUCUACACGUGUCUUUUAUAACGCCAAGUUUUCCUCUGGAUGGGUCGCAUCAGUUUAUCAUCCAAAUGAGGCCGGACAUCAAAGGACCCCUCCUGAGCCUGAUUGAAUACUACAAGUGGGACAAGUUCGCCUAUCUGUACGACAGCGACAGAGGCUUGUCCACACUCCAGGUGGUUCUGGACACUGCGGCAGAGAGGAAGUGGCAGGUGACCGCCAUCAACGUCGGCAACCUCAAGGACGAGAAGAAGGAUGAGGCCUACCGCUCGCUUUUCCAGGACCUGGAGAACAAGAAGGAGAGGAGAGUCAUCUUAGACUGUGAACAGGACAAAGUCAAAGAUAUCAUGGAGCAGGUCAUCACAAUUGGCAGACAUGUCAAAGGAUAUCACUACAUCAUUGCCAACUUGGGUUUCAUUGAUGGAGACUUGUCAAAAAUCCAGUACGGGGGAGCCAACGUAUCGGGCUUUCAGAUUGUGGAUUUUGACGACACGCUGGUGUCCAAAUUUGACCAGCGGUGGGAGGCGUUGGAGGAGAAGGAGUAUCCUGGAGCCGACAGUAAAAUCCGGUACACCUCGGCCCUGACGUACGAUGCCGUGCAGGUGAUGACGGAAGCGUUCCGCUACCUGCACAAGCAGCGGAUCGACAUCACAAGACGGGGCAACAAUGGCGACUGCCUGGCCAACCCAGCCGUACCGUGGGCACAGGGCUUGGAGAUAGAACGGGCCCUGAAACAGGUUCGCGUGGAGGGUCUGACGGGGAACAUACAGUUCGAUCAAAAUGGCAGGAGGGUCAACUAUUCUGUUAAUAUUAUGGAACUGAAAAAUAGUGGUCCUGUAAAGAUUGGUUAUUGGACUGAGGCUGACAAAAUGGCGGUGACUAAUCCCGAUAUCCUACAAAAUGAAUCACUGGGGAUGGAAAAUAAAACUGUUAUAGUGACGACUAUUUUGGAAGCACCGUACGUGAUGCUGAAGAAGAACUCGGACCUCUUUGUGGACAACGACAGGUAUGAGGGUUACUGUGUGGACCUCGCCGCUGAGAUCGCGAAGCACUGUGGAUUCAAGUACCAGCUGAAAAUAGUCGGAGACGGAAAAUAUGGAGCCAGAGAUGCAGAGACCAAAAUCUGGAACGGAAUGGUUGGAGAACUAGUGUAUGGGAAAGCUGACAUAGCGGUCGCACCGUUAACGAUCACCUUGGUGAGAGAAGAAGUGAUUGACUUUUCCAAACCUUUCAUGAGUCUGGGCAUCUCCAUCAUGAUUAAGAAGCCCCAGAAGUCCAAACCGGGCGUCUUCUCCUUCCUGGACCCGCUGGCGUAUGAGAUCUGGAUGUGCAUUGUGUUCGCCUACAUCGGCGUCAGUGUGGUCCUAUUCUUAGUCAGUCGCUUCAGCCCGUACGAGUGGCACACGGAGGAAUACGAAGAUGGACAGAUACAAACUAGCGAGUCCACCAACGAGUUUGGGAUAUUUAAUAGUCUUUGGUUUUCCCUUGGCGCCUUUAUGCAGCAAGGAUGCGAUAUUUCGCCAAGAUCCCUCUCUGGCCGCAUUGUUGGUGGGGUGUGGUGGUUCUUUACCUUGAUCAUAAUAUCGUCCUACACGGCUAACUUAGCUGCCUUCCUGACCGUCGAGCGGAUGGUGUCGCCCAUUGAGAGUGCAGAGGACCUAGCUAAGCAAACUGAGAUUGCUUAUGGAACUCUGGAUUCCGGCUCGACCAAAGAGUUUUUCCGGCGCUCUAAAAUCGCGCUGUUUGAUAAGAUGUGGACCUACAUGAAGAGCGCGGAGCCCUCGGUGUUCGUGAAGACCACGGCCGAGGGCGUGCUCAGGGUGCGCAAGUCCAAGGGGAAGUACGCCUACCUGUUGGAGUCCACCAUGAACGAGUACAUCGAGCAGCGCAAACCCUGCGACACCAUGAAGGUCGGGGGCAACCUGGACUCCAAGGGCUACGGCAUUGCCACCCCCAAGGCCUCCUCAUUAAGAAAUGCGGUUAACCUCGCAGUACUAAAACUGAACGAGCAAGGCCUCUUGGACAAAUUGAAAAACAAAUGGUGGUACGACAAGGGAGAGUGCGGCAGCGGGGGAGGUGAUUCCAAGGAGAAGACAAGUGCCCUGAGUCUGAGCAACGUGGCAGGGGUCUUCUACAUCCUCGUUGGCGGACUGGGUUUGGCCAUGCUGGUGGCUUUGAUUGAGUUCUGUUACAAGUCCAGAGCCGAGGCCAAAAGAAUGAAGGUGGCACAGAACGUUAACCCAACUUCCUCGCAGAAUUCGCAGAAUUUUGCAACUUAUAAGGAAGGUUACAACGUGACGUUCACGGACGCCAUGAGGAACAAAGCGAGGCUGUCGAUAACAGGAAGCACUGGAGAGAACGGCCGUGUGAUAACGCCAGACUUCCCGGACGCGGUGCAUGCUGUACCUUAUGUGAGACCUGCUAUGGGAAUGAAUGUCAGUAUGACCGAUCUCUCCUGAUGGAAACGGACCUAUCGAGUGCCUUACACAGUGGUUUUAAUCGUGCGUUGUCUGGCCAUACUGCUAGAGGGAACGUUCACUACUACAGUCGUAAGGACAUCAUUCCCUUCCUUUAAGUCUCUCUUUACACCUUUAUACCAACGGGGGAGGGGUGAGGGUGAGGGUGCACAGCUGAUGACAUCGUCCCGCCUAGUCUGUCUACUCCAAUCGACAUACACAGCUGAUGACAUCAUCCCGCCUAGUCUGUCUACUCCAAUCGACACGCACAGCUGAUGACAUCAUCCCGCCUAGUCUGUCUACUCCAAUCGACACGCACAGCUGAUGACAUCAUCCCGCCUAGUCUGUCUACUCCAAUCGACACGCACAGCUGUUGUUGGAAGUAUCAUGAGUCUCAGCUGAAAAAAAAUCAUUGUCGAGGCAGUGCAUCCAUUUUUUUUUGUGUGGCCAUCGUCGUUAAAUCCCGGACCCAUACUGACUUUAGCACACUUGACUUCAUUCGCAUCGAGAUGUGUUUUUUUUUCUUUUUCUAAGAAAAUUCAAAUAAAAAUACCCAAAAAUAUUUUUAUGUAUUUUCACAAACAGAACGGCUUUUAAAUAAACCUGCUUCCAUAUUAGUUGACUAUAUGAUCUGUGAGGAUGUAAAAAAGGCUUUAGGUUUUACCAAAUUCAUAUUGGUAUUAUUCCAAAUAUGUUCAUGCUAAUUGAGGUAUAAUGUUUAAAUUGUGUAAUUUAUUACUGUUAUAAUCUUCCUGUGUAUCUUAUUCUUUAACAUAUGGUGUUGAUAUAAGAGGUACUCAAUGCUUGACAUUUGAAAUAAGUUCUUUUCUCAUGGUUUUAUUUGUAAAAGUGUAAGUUCUUUAUAUUGUGAUGCUGUUAUAAUCUUUCCUUUUAUUUCUUUAGUUUUUAGGAAGUGUGCGGUGUGUUGUCCUUAUAUUUCAAUUUUCCAGGCAAAGAUCAGGGUAACAGCUUCACAAACUGUAAUCUAAGAGCAAUUUGCGUGUAAAUGCAGAACACAAACGGCCACGCUUUCUUUCUUGAAUAAGGCAAACGGAUUAAAAUAACAGCUAAAAGCUUGUUCCAAGAUGCCAGACAAGGCAUAUAAAUUUACAUCCAGAGGUUUAGGUCGAAAGACAUCUGCCACCACAAUCCAAGUGAACGUAGUUGAAAUAUUCCCUGUUUUUAUAAGUAUAUGUAGACAUCAUAUACGACUAUUUUGAAGCAUAUAUAUAUAUAUAUAUAUAUAUAUAUAGCUUUAUUCUCUGAUUUGACAUUAAAUAUCUAAAUUGCCAUUAGAAGCAUGAUUUCCUUUAAUUUAGCUCUCGAUAUGGUUCUUGGUACCACAAACAGGAAGUGUUUUAGAUAUACUGCCACUUUGAGGACAAACUUAACUCACCCGGCUUAUUUUUAUAUCUGUUUGACCAGUAAUGGCGUUAUUCUGUUGCUGUUAUCGGACGUUUAAAUGAAUGGAUAGAAAUGGACACAGGCGGCUAUUUCAACCUGGAAUGGGAAAAUAAAAUGCUUAGAUAUUUCUAAAUUUGUGACACGUACUUCUUUAAUCAUGUCUUGAGUUUUAAAAACAGUCAAGGACACUUAACACUUUUAAGAGGCUGUUUCAGACUUACAUAAUCAUUUUGUAUCUACAGUAAAUAAACCACAUGGCUGAAUUGCAGAUAUACGAAGGGUGGCGUAAACGUGCUAAUUUUAGCGUUUACUGUCUCGUUAUGAAUUACAAACAGGUGUUUGACUGAAAUUCAGAGCAAUUCCUGAAAUAUUGUAAAUGAAAUCUGUGAUACGUGUGGUUUAUUUUUGGGGAGUCUUUCUGAAUAAAACAAUGAAAAUAUCA